AUGAGCGAAAUCUUUGACGCCGAGACGGGGGAGAAGCUCGAGCUGUUGCAAAAGCCAGGAGCAUCUCCAACGAAGGCUGUCCAUCGCGAGACGCAGUCGCAACGCGUGCUUGGUGAAUAUGUUGACUGGGAGAAGCAGCAAAAAGCCGAAAAGAGCUUUCGUGAUUCACUUGCGGGUAUUCGACAGGAAUUGCAGCGCCACGGACUCUCAGAAUCGGAGCGGCUCAGCCUGACGACGGAGCUGCUAGAAAAGACCAAACACGGAUACGCGCGCCACAUGCAGACGCUGGUGAUGGAGGAGUUGGCCCGCGAAAUGGAUCGAGAAGUGGCGAUGCGUCUGGAGCUGGCUCCACAGGGUCGAGAGCGAAUGCAGCGCCGGCACGACAAGGAGCGAGCUUUCUCCCGCGCGCAGAUCGCCCGAAUCCGCGACGAGUGCGAGAUGGCGCUCACGGCGGCAGCCGCCAAGAACAACUUGCUGCGGUGA